AUGGCAGCACUCGAUUCUCACCCCCGCUAUAUCUACAAGAUUGUCCCCUCCGCUGCACCGGUCAGCGAGCCACUCCCUGAGCGCUUGCCUGUCAGCCAACUGGACCAGGACUCGGGAUUCGUCCAUCUUUCGAUGGCGACUCAGGUUGCCAACACACUCAAGUUUUUUUUCAAGGAGGAGCCACUGGUGUAUAUUCUACGUAUCGAUUAUGAACGUGUUAAGCAAGAUGUCCGUUGGGAGUCCCCCGACGGCAAGGUGUGUGGUCCACGGCCCGGAGAAGGCUUAUUCCCUCAUCUCUACAACGGCUUGAAACUUGGCAAAGAUGAAGUCGAGAGUAUUGCAGUUUGGCAAAACGAGGAUGGGUGGAACAAAGCCAUCAACGGGGCUGAGACAUGGCUCGUGUAG